AUGGAUCCUUUUGAACAAUUGCCAUCAGAUGCUUACGAUCUUAUUCUUCAGCAUCUUGAGUUUGAGGAUAUUCUGAAUUCGUUUCUGGUUUCUAAAUAUUGGCAUCAAAUUAUAUCAAGUCAAAAAUGUAUGGAGAAAAUUAAACUUAAUUUGAAAUUAUGGAAAGUUAUGCCGGAGACAAUCAAAAAGAGAAAAAUUGAAGAUACUAUCAAGAUUGUGAAGACAACUGUUAGAAAAUAUCGGAGUUUAUCUGUCAACUGUAAAUUCGAUGAAAAUUUAUCCCAAGAAUUUUGGAAAUUGUUAGAAUUCUUAGCAGAAUCUUUAAUUGACUUGAAGAUUAUCAACAUAAGGCUUAAAUCUGUAUCUUCAAUGUCACUUCCAAACCUUCAAUGCCUCAGACUUACUGAUGUACCGAUCGAAAUCAGAAAUUCCAUUCUUGGAAGUUGCAGCUCAUUAAAAAAGUUAAAGAUCAAAACUGAUGCAUCAAAUGGUCUUCGUACUGGAAAAUUAGGAGCUGACACUGAGUCAAUAGAAUGUAUUAAGAAGUUUAUGCAACGAAACCAUUCACUAACGGACUUAGAAAUUAUUGGCGAAUCUGUUUUUAAAUCAUUUUUCAAUGAGAAUAUAUCAGAUGUAUCAAAAUGUCAACUGCAAUCACUGAGGAUCAAGACUGAUAUGAGACUGAUGCUAAUAACUGAAAUGAAUGAUAUAAACAUUGUUCGUUUUCUCACAAAGCAAUGUAACAGCUUAAAGAGUUUUUAUAUUGACACAUGUCAUAAAAGUGUCAUAUUAUUUACAUUUAACUCAAUGCCUUCUCUCACGUCAUUUCAAUCUGAUGUUAUGAUUAUGGAUAUGGAGGAUUAUAGCAAUAACGAUUUUAAUUUUCGAUUGAAUGAAAAUAUUGAUGAUCUCAGAAUAACUUAUAUUAGCCAUAGCUUUGGAUUAAAAGCAUGCCUCAGCUGUGCUCCUAAUCUUAAGAAACUUUUUAUUGGACAUUUAACUCAUGAACUUAUGGAAUUUAUAGCAAGGAAUCUUAAACAUUUGAUGAUAUUGAAAUAUCGUUUUAGUGAACACGACUGUCAUGGGUAUUAUGAAAAAUUAAAGCACGAUUAUCCUGAAAUUAAUCGGCAUAUACGACUGAUAGUUGAUAUAUUGUAUCAUUGA